AUGUCUUCUUCACGCUGGGGUGGUACUCCUCAAUGUCCUCGCUGUCAAAAGGCAGUAUAUAUGGCUGAACAAGCCAUUGGACCCAAUGGAGCAUGGCACAAAACUUGUUUAGCUUGCAUUGAUUGCAAUAAACGAUUGGAUUCAUUCACACUCGCAGAACAUGAAGGAGAGGCAUAUUGCAAAGUUUGUCAUGGACGUCGUUAUGGACCUAAAGGUUAUGGUUUUGCAUCAGGCUCAUCUUUCUUGAGUACAGACAAACCAUUAAAAUCAAGAUCAAUGACCACACUAGUUAAUGAUCAGACAUCAAACCUCGAUAGAUUAUCGUCAUCCCCGCCUACUUCUCCAUCAAGUCCAUCACUUGGAUUUUUUAGUUCUAGGCCUCAAUCACCUAAAGGACCUAGACGUGCUUUCACUCUACCAAAUAAUAAUGAUAUAUGUCCACGUGCUGCAUUUCUAACUACCGAAGGAACAGCAAGAUAA